CACUAAAAAAAAUAGAAUUAGAAAACAACCCAAGACCUGUGUUUCAGACAAAGAAAUCCAUCGCUCGCGGUGCCCUAGCUCUGUAAUCAACACCGUCUCCAUAGCUACCGGCGCUUCUUCGAGCGGCGGCGGACAUGCCAUCACACGCCGCCAACCUUGCUGCUUCAUGGGCCGCGCGGUUACCAUCUCUUCCACACAAGAUUUAAGAACACAAAAAAUACGCCACCAUUAUCAGCUGACAGUCAAUUCACGGUAUCAGACUUUCUGGUAGCUGUGCAAAGAGAUUGAUUUGGUUGGAGAUUUUGUCGAGAUUACUAUCCAGCUGAUAGUUCAUAUAGAAUUCUUGAUAGCUAAUGGAUCGACAGUCUCAAGAUUAUGCAGCUGCUUCUGCUAUGGCUUAUGCCAACCAGCAGAGACAAGCAACUAACCUACAACAACAGCAGCCGUUUGGAUUUCAUGGCCAACAUCAACAAUUUCCUCCAUCCGUUCCGUUCCUGCCGCCACAUCCUGCUAUGCAACAGUUCCCUUUUCACCACCCUAUGCAGCAGCAACCACAACUCCACCCACAUCAUCCACCCCACCCUCACCUUCUCCAUCUUCAACAGCAACAGCAGCCACCGCCAGCUUUUGCUCCUCAUUUACCUCCUCCCAUGGGUCCUUCACCUUUCCACAGUCCCUAUGAUUCUGCUCCACCACCAGUUCCACCUCCUUCAGAUCCCGAGCUCCAAAAACGUAUCGAAAAACUUGUGGAGUAUAUCAUAAAGAAUGGCCCUGAAUUUGAAUCCAUGAUACGUGAAAAGCAACUUGAUAAUCCGGCAUAUGGCUUCCUCUUCGGUGGGGAGGGGCAGGGUUACUACCGUUAUAAGCUUUGGCUAAUGACUCGUCCCCAUCUCGGAGGUCCCUUCAAUUCCCCCUUUCCGUCUUCAUCUAUGUCCAUGUUGCACCCCCAUCCAAAUCCUAUGACAAGUCCAUCUCCACUUAAUGCUCCUCCGUUGAAUUCUUCCGCAUCAAUAAUUGGAGGUCCUCAAAUGCACCAAACUCCUUUUGCUUCUUUCUACGAGCAGCACCAUCAACAGGCCUUUGGGGUGCCUGGUCGGUCGGAUUAUGAUCAAUCUUCAAAAUCUUUUAAAGGCCUUUCUGGACCUCUUCCUUCUGAUGUUGCUCUGGAGCUAAACAAUGUGCUUAAUAAUCUCACUGGUGCUAAAGAAUCAAUUAAAGGUGCUAAAACUUGGUUCAUGCAGCGGUCUCCUUUUGCUCCAGCUAUGGCCGAGGCACUUAGAGACAUGAUAUUUAACAUAGAUGAUUCUGAGAAGCAACUUCAUAUAAUAUACCUUGUCAAUGACAUUCUUUUUGAGAGCAUGAUGCGAAGAAUCAACACAAUUGACCUUGACAAUGAAGCUCUAGCAUUUAAACCAGUUUUAGGUUCCAUGCUUGCAAGGGUCUAUCACAACCCUCAAAUGAAGGAGGAAAGUCAGAUGAAAUUACAGAAGUUGGUACAGUUCUGGGCGUCCAAGGAGAUCUACGAUCAAGGUACUAUCGGUGCACUUGAGGGUGAAAUGAUUAAUGGGGUACCGGCUAAAACUUUGUCAGGGCUUCCAAAAGAUUUGCCCUCUUCAGUAGAUUCAGCUGCUGGAUUGGCACAACAUUCAAAUAGCCAUACUGUGCACCAGUGGCAACCUGACAGGCCAGGUGCUCUUCCAAGUUUUACCGAUCCAGAACACCCCGAUAAGCCGAUCGCUCUGGGCCAAGCGCUGUCAAGAUCCGUUACACCACACCAAUUUCUACCUAAUACGAUACCUGCUGCUGCGUUUGUAAACUCCAUUCCUUUGCCAACUUCUGUUCAACCACCAAACCCACAGCCCAAUGCCCAAUUAAUGCCACCACAGCCUGCUGCUGUGGGUGAAAAAUUGCCACCAUAUCCUUUGUUCCCUCCUGGUCUUAUUCCUGGAAUGGUGAGGAAGAUGCAGAUUGGAAGUGGGGUCCCAUACUCUCCCAUGAGCCCUUUGGAUAUUCCAACUAUAAUUCCUCCAUCCAAUAUAUCUCCCUCAGAAGUUCUCGAGAGAGUGUCUAAGUUCUUUAAAGAGAUUGGAGAGGUUAACCCUUCGGAAGGACCCAUGAGUUCCGAUACCAAAGACGAUGAUUACGAGUACGAGAGAGAACCGCAAGUACGUAAGGGUGGAGCUUGCAUUCCUCCUCCUCCCAACCUUCAGGUUGACCCGGAGACUGGUGCUUACGCUGACGGGAGUGUCGACCGGAAAGGUUCGGGAAGGUUAGGACUUGGGGCAACGCCCAAUCCGAAUGAGGAUAGUCAAUACGAUGAUGUUUAUACUUCUUAUAGGAAGCAAAGAAGUACCAAUUACCAUUCCUCCAUGAGUGCUAGGGCCACAACAAAGUGAAAAGAAACCAUGGAACUCAUUACUAGGAGUGACCGUAGAUUGGAACAUGUAACAUACCAGCCUUUUUCUGUUUACUUUUGAGUUUCUCUGGAUUUCGAAUGUUAAAUUUCACCGUUUUACUGAACUUGAUCGGUUGAAUUGUGUAUUUAGUUCUGAUCUAAAGAAUCACUUUCCAGACAGAUAAACAGUAUAAAAUGAGGCUUCCUUUUUUAGAUUGA